CACAGAUUACGUCAUACGGAGACUGCAUUGCGAUUGGCUUGUCACUUAAAGCCCCGCCUCCUGGUGAGAAGCAUUAAUACAAUUUUGGCUGUCGCAAGAAGAAGAAUCUUCAAUACUACCGAAGCUAAAAUGAUCAACUGGAAGGCCAAACCAAUCAAUUGGAGAUGAGAAACAUGUUCUCCAGCAUCCCUGACUGUUCCAGAGCUUUCUUUUCCCUUCAUUCACUGGCUUUGGACAAUGUCCCCCUCCUCCUGUACAUCCUGGCCCUAAAGACACUGCUGCUGUGUCUGGCGUUCGCCGGGGUGAAGAUCUACCAGAGUAAUAAAAUAGAGAAGGCCCUGAAGAAGGAGCAGGCUGAGAAGAGGAGGCUAGCCCAGCAGACCCAGGAGCUUAUCGAAAGCAAGAAGGAAGACUGAGCAGAGGAAAGAAGCGGCUGUACACAGGGAAACAUGUUGCUGUCCUGAGCAACACACCACUUUCUCCACAUGAGCCAGGGGCUAAAUUACAGAAACUUCCUGUCUUAAGUUAGGAGGAGUCCAAGAGAGGAUCUGCAAGUUAGCAAGUUUCUGUAACACACUCUCAGACUGUCAGCAAUAGGGGGACUUUGCUGUGCUGUAGGGAAUGAUUUGUGUUUCCACAAACUGUUCACCAUGUCAGUGUUUAUAUAAGAUGAAAUUACGUCAUAAAACAUGCAGACUCCUAAAGUGAUCCUGAGAUGAGGGACUUUAUGUUGCGAUGACCUCAGUGGAAGAACCACAGGAGGCUCUGCAUCUACUUGUUAUUCGCCAAACACCCGCUCAUUUCUGGGCUCAUCUUCCCCCAAACAUCAGUUUGUACACUGUAAUAGCAGGAAGGUCAAAGCUUUUCAAGUGUGCUUAUUUAUAAGAAAACAGCAUGGUAUUUAUUCUGCUAUAUUCCUUAUACAUUGUGAACCAGCUUUGUGCCUAAUUUUUGUAAUUAUAUUAAAUUGUUUGUUCCACAUGCUG